GGUGGGGUAGUUUAAUUAGUUAAUUAAUUAGUUAAUUUAAAUCAAAAUUUCCAGCUCCACCACCAGCUCCACGGGGGAAGAAUACCCCACUGCUGUAGGAUUAAUAGAAAACAAAUUAACAUUAGAAAGUGACACUUAUUACCGGUUCUUUCUUAUAUUUGCUCUCAAAUAUAUUUCUCAUGUUAAUUUUCUUCUAUAAUUGCUGUGUCUCUUUAUAGAAUAAACAUUGUCAACAGACCGGCCUCUCCCCGUGUGAAGAAUGUGAAUCACACCCACGGACCUCUUAUAUACUUUUACUUUCAUUUCUUCUCUUUGCUGUCAGCGAUGGCGUCUGCUGGUCUGGGAAAGGAACUGGAAUGUUCUGUCUGUCUGAACCUUUAUACAGAUCCUGUAACCCUGAGAUGUGGACACAACUUCUGCCGGGUCUGUAUUGAUCAGUUCCUGAAUACACAGGACGGGUCUGGAGUUUAUUCCUGUCCUGAAUGUAGAGGAGAGUUUCAGGAGCGGCCGGCACUGCAGAAGAACAUCACUCUGUGUAAUGUGGUGGAGAAUUUCCUGUCUACUCAUCAGGACGAGGCCGUAAUCUUCUGCACUUACUGUGUGGACUCUCCUGUACCUGCUGUGAAGUCCUGUCUGAUGUGUGAGGCUUCUCUGUGUGAUAAACACCUGAAAGUUCACAGCAAGGGACCAGAACACGUCCUGACCGAGCCCAGAACUUCUCUGGAGAACAGGAAAUGUCCCAUCCAUAAAGAAGUCCUGAAGUAUUACUGCACUGAGGACUCUACUUGUAUCUGUGUGUCCUGCUAUGUGAUUGGAGAACAUAAUGGACAUGAGUUGGAGUCUAUAGAUAAAGCUUCUGAAAAGAAGAAGGAGAAAUAUAAAAAUGUUCAGAAGAAACUGGUCACAAAGAGAAAGAAGACUGAGGAAAGAGUCCAGAGUCUGGAGAAGCGAAGGAGAAAAACUCAUAAAAAAGCAUCUAGAGAAACCGAGAACAUCGCUGCCCUGUUCAUAGAUACCAGGAGACGGCUGGACGACCUGGAGAAGAGGAUCCUGAGUGAGAUCUCCAGGCAGGAGGAGAAGAUGUCACUGUCACUGUCUGAUGUCAUUCAGAAGCUGGAGAUAAAGAAGAACGAGCUGUCCAGGAAGAUGAGGGACAUUGAGGAGCUGUGUAACAUGACGGAUCCACUGACUGUCUUACAGGAUCCAGACACAGGUGACUUGUGUGAUCCUGAGGAGGAGGGAGGGGAUGAGGACACAGGGGGACAUGAUGGAGGUGAUGAGGACACAGAUGACUUGUGUGAUUCUAAGGAGGUGGAGGAAGGUUAUGAGGACACAGAUAACCUGGGGAAUCUUGAGGAGGAGGAUGAGGGAGAUGAUGAGGACACAGAUAACCUGGGGAAUCUUGAGGAGGAGGAUGAGGGAGAUGAUGAGGACACAGAUGUCUCAUAUGAUCCUGAAGAGGAGGGAAGUGAUGAGGACACAGAUGACUCAUAUGAAUCUAUUGAGGAAGGAAGUGAUGAGGACUCAGAUGAUUUGAGUGAUGCUGAGGAGGAAGGAAGUGAUGAGGACACAUUAGGGCAUGGUGAAGGUGAUCAGGGUCUAGAGCUGGUCUCGCGCAUAUCUCAUGCAUUAUCUGAUAUAAUAAAAGAUGUGAUAUUCUAUGUACAUGAUCCUGCAGACAUAUUACUGGAUGUAAAGACAGCUUGUAAUAAUAUCCUUAUAGCAGACGACCUGAAAACAGCAACCUGGACACAAGAAAACCAGAACCGUCCAGAUACAGCAGAGAGAUUCCAGUAUAACCAGAUGAUGAGCAGUACGGGAUUUACCUCAGGACAACAUUACUGGGAUGUGGAGAUUGGUAUAUCGGAGGAUUGGAGGGUAGGGAUGUGCUAUACCAGCAUAGACAGGAAGGGGCGUCAGUCAUAUAUUGGUGAUAAUAACAAGUCCUGGGGUUUGUGUGGAGGGGAGUGGUGUAAUAAUCGGUGUUCAGUGAUACAUGACAGUAAAAUGAUUAAGUUACCUCACCAGAUCUCCAGUGAUAGAUUCAGGAUCUGUCUGGAUUAUGAGGCCGGGCAGUUGUCCUUUUAUGAGCUGUGUGACCCCAUCAGACACUUACACACCUUCACCACCACCUUCACCGAGCCCCUUCAUGCUGUAUUAUGUGUGAUAUUGGGUUCUAUAAAGAUAUCAGGGGGAGGAGCAGCUGUGAGGGGCCAUCAUAAUAGAGGAAAUCUGCCCAGAGACUGGUUACACUAAUCCGAUUGGUGGAGCAUUCAGACAGUAGGAGGCAGCAGUGGGAGGGGCUACAGAGCUGAUCUUUGUAUUUAUCUUGUAUUCCUGCUGCAUGGAAAGCUGUGAUUGGUUAUCUGUCCUACACUCAAUAGCAAGAGCAUAACUAGAAAUGAUUGAGUGUCUCAAACUUUUGAAUGCCCCCCACCCCUCUUUUUCCUUAGCAUCAACCUUUACCAUCUCCAUGUAAAAGUUAAAGGGGUUAUCCAGGAAAAAACUUUUUUUUUUAUAUAUAUAUA